UUCUUUGCAAUGCGUUUAAAUGAGCGCACAAAACUAUGUGGAAAUAGCGUCAUCUUAGUUCCAUACGAGGAGAAACAUGUAUCGAAAUACCAUGAGUGGAUGAGCCGCCCAGAACUCCGCGCACUCACUGCUUCAGAGGCGCUUUCGCUUGAGGAGGAGUACGAGAUGCAAAAAAGCUGGCGCAACGAUGAUGAUAAACUAACCUUUAUUGUCCUCUGCGCUAAAUCCUACGCACGGAACGGCGAUGAAAUCGCUUCCAUGGUGGGUGACACCAAUCUUUUCAUGCACUUCGACGAGGAGAGUCAGCAAAAUGUGGGCGAAGCUGAGAUUAUGAUCGCAGAGAGCGAGGCGCGUGGCAAAGGCUAUGGGCGCGAGGCCAUGCUGCUGAUGCUUAAAUACGCACAGACACACCUAAAGCUGGACAAAUUCGAAGCAAAGAUUGACAUGGAUAACAAAAUCUCUUUGGGAAUGUUUGAGAGCUUUCAAUUUGUAGAAGUGCGACGGGUUGCGGUGUUUCACGAGAUAACCCUGGAACGAGAUUUAACGCCAGAAUGGAUUGUGUGGCUGGACGAGCAAGUGGAGCUUAGGCCAGAAAGCUAUGAAUCGUAAUACCCUGAAUAAUGAAUUAAGUAUUAAUUUCCCAUAUUCGGAUUCAUCCCUUUUUGUACUUCCUACGUUUAAAAUCUAGCUUUGAGGAAUUCAUCGCACUUUUAAGCAGUUAUGUUGAUUCUUUACGAUUAAAAUACUUACUUUAUUUGGAAAAUACAGAAGUUGGUAAAAAAUAAAGCUAAAUUUUAAGUAUUUUUAAGUA